UACAUUUUUCAAGGUGAAUGUUUAUGUCCUGCAUCCCCCCCCUACAUCCCAUCCCAAGAUGAACAGCACAAUGCUGCCUCUGGACAACAUUACAGCCAACAGCAGUCUUUGUACAGUGGAACCCCAGCAUAUCUCCAUCACUGUUUUCCUCCUGGUCUUCCUGGUUGGUUUCUUCCUCAACACUUUCAGUCUGUGGGUCUUCUGCUGCCGUAUACCACAGUGGAGCUCUGGUGCCGUCUUGCAGUUUCAUUUGGCUGUCAGUGAUGCUAUCAUCACACCAGUUGCACCAUUUAUGGCAACAUACUUUGUCAUGGGUAGCCACUGGCCCUUUGGAGCUUUUCUGUGCAAGUUGAAGAUUGCCCUGCUGAUCAUUCACUUUUAUGGCAGUAUCCUGUUCCUCACACUCAUCAGCAUUCAUCGAUAUGUGGCAGUGGUCCAGUUUAAACAAGGCUCCUGCAUGAAACGAAAGGCGUUUGUUCAGAAGCUGUGUGCUGGAGUCUGGCUGGUUUUGCUGGCUAAGGGGAUUGCCUGUUUCUACUUCUUUAACACAGGCCAAGUGGGAAACCGCACACAAUGUCUUAGCAUUCAUCAGCGAGAUUACAUUGAGACUUACUUUGCCAUCAACUUCGUUUUGCUCACCCUUGUGUUCCUAAUGCCUUUCUCAGUGGCAGUGACGUGCUAUGUUCAGAUAGCAGAUAGUGUCUGGUGAUAUUUGGACU